AUGCUGAAGCCCCAGUUAUGGGUACCCAUGCGGGCGCUAGAGCACUCUCUCUCGAGGUUCCGCGUGCUCGGCAAACAGCCCACAAGUCAUUCCCUCCAGCAACAAAUAUCCUUUAAUCGAACCCCCUUCCCGACUCCUCAGCACCCAUCCCUUUUCGGCUCUCAAUUCCGAUAUGCCUCACACGCCACGCAAGGUGCCGCGAACGCCCACUCCAAAAAUUCCCCGGGCAAGCGUCUUGGCGCAAAAAAGACUGGCGAGCAGUAUGUGGUACCAGGCAAUAUCAUCUUUCGUCAACGAGGAACGAAAUGGUUUCCCGGAGAGAAUUGCGGCAUUGGGAGGGAUCAUACUAUCUAUGCGCUGCAAACUGGAUACGUCAAAUACUACCGUGACCCACAGAGACACGCAACGAGAAAAUAUAUUGGGGUGACUUUUGCGCGAGACGAUAUACUUCCAUCACCCAGAAAUGCACCUACAAAGAGACGCUUAGGCAUGUUUGCAGCCCCACGGCAGACCGAAGACUUGGCCAUUGUGCCCGAGCAGACCUCCAGUCCCCCUCUCAGGCCCGGAUAUCAGUACCGCGAGGGUAACUGGGAAAUUGGCCGUCUCCCCGAUAGAGCUGGCGUUACCGCAAGCGAGUGGAGGAGAAAAGACCGGUGGACAGCUUGGAGAAAGAAGACAGAGAAGAUAAAACGAGUGGCACAGAUGAAAAAGCUAAAGAAGCGGCAAAAGGUCAAGGGCAAGAAAUAA